ACCAAUCAGCAGCACUUGUGUGUUCGGCCACUGUCUCGGCUCGUUCCCCAACAGGUGAUCGCGGCGAGAUAGGCCGCGGACCAGAUGUGGGGCGGGAGGGUCCAGGUGUUAUUUCGGCUAUGGGGGUUACGGUCGGCAGGGGUCCCCGGAAGGAGACUGUUAAGCGGCAGUGCUGCGUCGGAAAAGGGAAGCAGUUCUCCGAGGUGUUGGAACUGCGGCGGCCCAGGGGGCCCCGGGCCGGGGGACGGGUUCUUCUGCCAGCAGUGCCGCGCGCUGCAGCCGCCUGACCCCACUCGAGACUACUUCAGCCUCAUGGACUGCAACCGUUCCUUCAGAGUUGACACCACAAAACUGCAGAACAGGUUUCAGCAACUACAGCGUCUUGUCCACCCAGAUUUCUUCAGCCAGAGAUCUCAGACUGAAAAGGACUUCUCAGAGAAGCAUUCAACCAUAGUGAAUGAUGCCUAUAAGACCCUUCUGGCCCCCCUGAGCAGGGGACUAUACCUUCUAAAGCUACAUGGAGUAGAGAUUCCUGAAGGGACAGAUUAUGAAAUGGAAAGUCAAUUCCUCAUGGAAAUAAUGGAAAUCAAUGAAAAACUUGCAGAAGCUCAAAGUGAAGCUGCUGUGAAAGAGAUUGAAUCCACUGUGCAAGCUAAACAGAAAGAAUGUACUGACAACGUGAGCAGAGCUUUUGAACAAGAUGACUUUGAAAAAGCCAAGGAAAUUUUAACGAAGAUGAAAUACUUUUCAAAUGUAGAAGAAAAGAUCAAGUUAAAGAAGAUUCCCUCUACUUAAUUACUAAUUUAAAGUUUUAAUAAUAAAUUUCCUGUAUUUCUUUUUUGGCUUCUGCUAAUUGAAAAUAGGAAUGUUUUAACCACUUCAUCAUUUUGUUUCAGUCUGUGGCUCAAGCUUUAAUGGAUGGCAAAGUUCAUUGUGCAGAGGAAACACAGCCAGGUCAGAGCUUGAGUGGCCCCCUCUGCAACUCACUUCAUGUAAUACGUGAUACAAUAAGCAUCCCACCCGGUCAAUGGAUGGGGAAGAGGCCAAUUUGAGGCCCUACCUUUUUCUGUAAAUGGCCAGAUAGUGAACAUUUUAGGCUUCAUGGGCUUAUAUGACCUCUCUUAUAACUUCUCAACUCUGCCAUUGUAGCACAAAAGCAGCCAAGACAAUGUUUAAACAAAUGGAUAAGGCCAGUAUUUCAGUCAAACUUCAUUUACCAGGAAAAAAAAAAAAAAAAAAAAGAAAGAAAGAAAAGAAAGAGACAAGGCUUUAUUUACAAAACAGGCAAUAAGCCAGAUUUGGCCAGGGUUUACCAACCUCCGCCCAAGAGCCACAGCUUCUUUUUAGUAGCAUGACCUUCACUUUGAUAGAUAGUUCCCUUUGUUAUUAUUGGGGGUAUUCUGUUUGAUAAUAAGCAAAGCCCCCUAGGAGUCUCUCUGGCCUGUAGAUAAGCUAGCAAGAACUAAUCUCGUAUUAAAUGCUAGCCCCAGUUUCUGCUCCUCCUGGGUGAGGUGAAGCAGCUUUAAUUAUUCUCUGCACAGUUGACACUCUUAUCACUAUUUCCAUGCUCUUCUAUUUCAACCCAAAACAGCUUUACCUCUCUUUUGGGAUCGUAAGAAAUUCAGUUUUAAGUUUCUGAUCCAUGUCCAGGAAAAAAGAAAAAAAAGUUGUUUUUUUUGUUUGUUGUUUGUUUUGUUUUGUUUUUUAAGUCUCUGAUCAGGAAAGAUUAAAAUAGCAAACAGAAAACUCUGAUUAAAAAUUUCAAAAAAAUGGGCUGUAGUUGUGGCUCCGUGGUAGAGCACUUGCCCAGCAUGUGUGAGGUACUGAGUUUGAUCCUCAGCACCACAUGAAAAAUAAACACAUAAAAUGAAGAUAUUGUGUACAUCUACAACUAAAAAAAAUUUUUUUUUAAUUUCAAGAAAACAACAUUCAAACACUUCUGGAAAGAAUCACUUAUUAACGAUUAAAAAAAUCAGGGGUCUAAACAAAAUUGUCCAAAAGCUUAAAACUGCAGCUCUUUUGCUGUUCCUUGUCAUUGUCUAAAAAUUUGUAUUUUGUGAAUACUGAUCCCGUUAGACUCAUUGAAGAUUUUAGUAUUUACUGAUCUUCGAGAGGCAAAUUAAUCAGCAGGCGUUGGACCUAAAGGUACUUGAGACUAUCUAUAUAAUCUCCACCCUCCCACCUCCACCCCCUUGAAAUUUUCAAGAAUGGCUUCCUUGUUUGAAAACAUACCAGGAGUCCUUUAAGUAAAUUAUUUUAAUGCAAGCAAACGUCCCAUUACCUUUAGUGCUUUUGCAAAGGAGGAAGAAAUGAAAAGAGGUUUGAAAUACUUCUGUAGACAAUUUUCAUUCAUUCAUCAGAACAAUGAUCAGGACCAAAACAAUCUGACCACAAAAAGAAAUUGCCUCAAACACAUCUUUGGAGGAACUUGAAAGAAACUUUCCUUUCACCUGUUACCAUCAGCUGAAAAAGCUGCUAGGCCCCACAGCAAACCAUUU